GAAACUUGAAACCAGAAGGUGAUAUGGAUAUCGAUACUGUAAAUGCACAGACAUACAGAGAAUUUCCUUUACAGAAAAGAGUAGCUAAGAGACCAACCUCCUCGGAUGCUCUGAAAGGAACGGGUAAUUUUGAAGAUCAUACAGGCUAUAACGAUGUCUACAGAGAACACAAAAUUGCUCCCAGGGAAUCUAUGAAGAAAAAUGACUAUGUUCCCCCCGAUGGUAAAUUUGAUGGCGAGACUACUAGUAGGCUUGAUUAUCCUGGUCAAACAGUUCCUAAAAGAGAAAGUUUCAAGCCAAGUGGCGAUGCUUUAAAGUCAGAUGAUCCAUUUGAUGCGUAUACUGGUUAUAAGAAUACUUAUGUUGAACAUCCAUUACAACCCAAACAAGGUAGACGGCGUGAUGAAUACCAGCCACCAACAGAAACUAUGGAUUCUUUAAGUACCAAUAAACAAAAUUUUCAAGGCCUAACUGUGGCCAAAAGAAAGAGUUAUAAACGUGAUACAGAAGCCUUUAGAUCAGAUGAACCUAUAGAUGAUUCAACAACAAGUGCAUUAGAUUACAAAGGAUAUACUGCACAGCGUCCAGAGAUCAAAAGACAAACUGGAAACUUGAAACCAGAGGGUGAUAUGGAUAUCGAUACUGUAAAUGCACAGACAUACAGAGAAUUUCCCUUACAGAAAAGAGUAGCUAAGAGACCAACCUCCUCAGAUGCUCUGAAAGGAACGGGUAAUUUUGAAGGUUACACAGGUUAUAACGAUGUCUACAGAGAACACAAAAUUGUUCCCAGAGAAUCUAUGAAGAAAAAUGACUAUAUUCCACCCGAGGGUAAAUUUGAUGGCGAGACUACUAGUAGGCUUGAUUAUCCUGGUCAAACAGUUCCUAAAAGAGAAAGUUUCAAGCCAAGUGGCGAUGCUUUAAAGUCAGAUGAUCCAUUUGAUGCGUAUACUGGUUAUAAGAAUACUUAUGUUGAACAUCCAUUACAACCCAAACAAGGUAGACGGCGUGAUGAAUACCAGCCACCAACAGAAACUAUGGAUUCGUUAAGUACCAAUAAACAAGAUUUUCAAGGCCUAACUGUCGCCAAAAGAAAGAGUUAUAAACGUGAUACAGAAACCUUUAGAUCAGAUGAACCUAUAGAUGAUUCAACAACAAGUGCAUUAGAUUACAAAGGAUAUACUGCACAGCGUCCAGAGAUCAAAAGACAAACUGGAAACUUGAAACCAGAAGGUGAUAUGGAUAUCGAUACUGUAAAUGCACAGACAUACAGAGAAUUUCCUUUACAGAAAAGAGUAGCUAAAAGACCAACCUCCUCGGAUGCUCUGAAAGGAACGGGUAAUUUUGAUGGUCACACAGGUUAUAACGAUGUCUACAGAGAACACAAAAUUGCCCCCAGGGAAUCUAUGAAGAAAAAUGACUAUGUUCCCCCCGAUGGUAAAUUUGAUGGCGAGACUACUAGUAGGCUUGACUAUCCGGGUCAGUCAGUGCCUAAAAGACAAAGUUUUAAGCCUUCCGGUGAUGCUCUCAAGUCGGAAGACCCAUUCGAUGCUAAUACUGGUUAUAAGAAUACAUAUGUUGAACACCCAUUACAACCCAAACAAGGUAGACGGCGUGAUGAAUACCAGCCACCAACAGAAACUAUGGAUUCGUUAAGUACCAAUAAACAAGAUUUUCAAGGUCUAACGGUUCCCAAAAGAAAGAAUUAUAAACGCGACACAGAAGCCUUUAAAUCAGAUGAACCUAUAGAUGAUUCAACAACAAGCGCUUUGGAUUACAAGGCAUAUACUACACAACGCCCAGAGAUCAAAAGACAAACUGGAAACUUGAAACCAGAGGGUGAUAUGGAUAUCGAUACUGUAAAUGCACAGACAUACAGAGAAUUUCCUUCACAGAAAAGAGUAGCUAAGAGACCAACCUCCUCGGAUGCUCUGAAAGGAACGGGUAAUUUUGAUGGUCACACAGGUUAUAACGAUGUCUACAGAGAACACAAAAUUGCCCCCAGGGAAUCUAUGAAGAAAAAUGACUAUGUUCCCCCCGAUGCUAAAUUUGAUGGCGAGACUACUAGUAGGCUUGACUAUCCUGGUCAGUCAGUGCCUAAAAGACAAAGUUUUAAGCCUUCCGGGGAUGCUCUCAAGUCGGAAGACCCAUUCGAUGCCAAUACUGGUUAUAAGAAUACGUAUGUUGAACACCCAUUACAACCCAAACAAGGUAGACGGCGUGAUGAAUAUCAGCCACCAACAGAAACUAUGGAUUCGUUAAGUACCAAUAAACAAGAUUUUCAAGGCCUAACUGUCGCCAAAAGAAAGAGUUAUAAACGUGAUACAGAAGCCUUUAGAUCAGAUGAACCUAUAGAUGAUUCAACAACAAGUGCAUUAGAUUACAAAGGAUAUACUGCACAGCGUCCAGAGAUCAAAAGACAAACUGGAAACUUGAAACCAGAAGGGGAUAUGUAUAUCGAUACUGUCAAUGCACAGACAUACCGAGAAUUUCCAUUACAGAAAAGAGUAGCUCGAAGGCCUACUUCAUCUGAUGCCCUAAAAGGAAGUGGCCAUUUUGAAGGACUAAGUGGAUACAAUGAUGUUUACAAAGAGCACAAGCUUACCCCAAGAGAAACCACGAAGAAGAACGAUUAUGUUCCACCGGAGGGUAAAUUUGAAGCGUAUACCACAAGUCAACUCGACUACUCGAACCAGCCAGUUUCUAAAAGACAAAGUUUCAAACCCUCGGGCGAUGCUCUCAAAUCGGAAGAUCCAUUUGAUGCGAAUACUGGUUAUAAGAAUACUUUUGUUGAGCAUCCAAUACAGCCAAAACAAGGAAGACGGCGUGAUGAAUAUCAGCCACCAACUGAAAUUAUAGAUUCUAUAAGUACGAACAGACAGGAUUUUCAAGGUCUAACAGUUCCGAAAAGAAAGAGCUAUAAACGUGACACAGAAGCCUUUAGGUCGGAUGAACCUAUAGAUGAUUCAACAACAAGUGCCCUAGAUUAUAAAGAACAUACUACACAACGUCCAGAGAUCAAAAAGCAAGCAGGGAAUCUGAAACUCGAGGGAGAUAUGGAUAUCGAUACUGUUAAUGCCCAAACAUACAGAGAGGUCCCCCUUAAUAGAAGUGUAGCUAAAAGACCAGCUUCCUCCGAUGCAUUGAAAGGGACUGGUAAUUUUGAAGGGCUGAGUGGGUACAAUGAUGUUUACAAAGAACACAAGAUUACUCCAAGAGAAUCCAUGAGGAAAAAUGAAUACCAUCCACCAGAGGUAAAAUUUGAGGGAGAAACGACUAGUCGAUUGGAUUACACUGGCCAGACAGUUGCCAAAAGGGGGAGCUUCAGACCUGUCGCUGAUUCUCUCAAGUCUGAUCAACCAUUUGAUAGUUUUACAGAAAAUCGAGAUGCAUAUAUUCAACACAAUAUGCCAGCAAAAAAAAUACGUUCGAGAGAAGUAUAUUUACCACCAUCAGAGCCAAUGGAAACCGUCAGUACAAACAAGCAAGAUUUCCUUGGUAUUCCAGUCCAGAAAAGACAGAGUUAUAAACGAGAUACAGAACCAUAUUCUUCUGGAGCACCCUUGGAUGAUGCAACAACUUUUGCUCAAGAUUUCAAAACAUGGGCAGCUGAUAGACCAGCUAUUAAGAGCCAAGUAGAAAACCUGAAAUUAGAAGGUGACAUGGAUCUGUAUACAGUUAACCAGCAUACUUAUCGCGGAGAAAUCGGAGCCAAGCGAUCUAUAAAGAAAUGCGGUUCUUCCAAUGCUUUAGCGGGAGACGGAAAAUUUCAUGGAGCAUCUGGCUAUGGGGCAUCCUUUCAAGAAUAUGAUUUAAAACCUCGCCAAAGUCUUAAAAAAGUCGAAUAUGUCGCACCGGAAGGAAAGUUUGAAGGUGAAACAACGAGUAAACUAGAUUAUCAACAUCAACCCCCUUCCAAACGAACCAAAAUUAUACCUGUAGAAUCUUUUCCUAAAUCUCACGAUCCUUUUGCUCCAAACACAGGAUACCAAGAAACCUAUGUGCGACAUCAAGUCGCUGCCAAAAUCUUAAGAGAAAAGGAACAAUAUGUUCCGCCAACAGUACCACUCGAGUCCGUCACAACAAAUAAGCAGGAUUAUCAGAGUGUGGCAGCCCCAAAACGCACCGGUUUCGGGCCUACAAAGGAACCCUUUCGUUCAGAUGCACCCUUUGAUGGCAAUACGACCGCAAGGGGUGACUAUAAACAGUGGGCAGUUGACAAGGCUCUUAUCAAACGCCAGGAUACAUAUGUCAAAUCAAAUGACCCCAUGGAUCUUCAAACUACGAGUAAUAUUUCAUAUCGUGGAGAACCAAUAAGAAAAAGGAGUGGUAAAAGACCGCGGUCGUCCAACACUCUCAAAUAUGAUGGGAAGUUUCAUGGAGAAAGUAUAUAUCGGGAUAGCUUUACGCAACAAGAACUACCCGCAAAGGAAGUUUACAAAAAGCAACAGUAUGUACCCCCUUUAACUAGAUUUGAAGGAGAAACGACCAGUCGUGUUGAUUUUGGAAUACAGCCACUAUCAAAAACUAAGAACUUUAAAACAACCGAGUCUGCCUUACGAAGCAGUGCCCCUAUGAUUGCAGAUUCUAUCUACAAGGAUAGUUUUGCUCAACCCCCCGUCACAGCAAGACCGAAAAGAGAUCCCCAGGUGUAUAUCCCAUCUUCAGUUCCUUUUGAAGGAAUCUCUACUAGCAGAAGUGAUUUUCUUGGUAAUGCAGGUGAGAAACGGGUUCCUUAUCGACCAACUAAAGAAGCUUUUCAAUCUAAUGCACGGUUUGAUGGAACCACAACAUUUUCAUCCGACUUCAAAGGGGCAUUGGGAGGUGGCAGGCCACAGCGAAUCCUGCGUGAAACGUAUCAAGCAAAUACAGCACCGUUUGAUGGGUCAACAACCAGCCGAGAUGCCUUUACUGGACAAAAGGGUGUGAAACCUAGAAGUUUUAAACCCUCAGUGGAUAGCUUUUUGAAGUCGACAGAAAAGUUUGAUGGUAGCUCAACUUAUCGUGGAAGUUUUGAAACCGGACAAAGUACGAAUUGGUCCGGGCCACAAACAAUCUUAAGUAUGGCAUAAUAAUAGAGAAUCCUUGUGUGAUAUUUAAGUUUCAUGGUUAAUUGUUUAUUUUUAUAUGUAAGAGUUUCAGCAGGGGUUGAAUGGGGUUUCUUCUUCGGGACAACAAUUUUUUUUGGUGUUACGUAUAAAGGGUGAUAACUCUAACAACGAACUCCAAAGAUGCACGUGAGGUGGAGAAUACAAAUAAUAUUGUUCGCCUAAAAAUUAAGGGCGAGUUCAGGUAGGGGUGGGGGAUGUACGUGUGAGUCAGGUGAACCCACCCUCACCCCGUCCUAUUUGAUUAAUUAUACAGCUUAAACAGUUGUCUGUGAUACCUAAAAUAAUAAUGUCAUUUAUAAUGAUUUCAGAAGUUUAAAUUGUAUUUUAUUCGUUUAUUUAUUAUCAAGAUAUGUGUAUAAGUUCAAGCGUCUGUGAUAACAUCAUGUCUAUGAUCAAAUUAUACUCUAAUAAACUGCUGAUAAAAAAAAUAAUAAUAUAUCGUACUUUAAAUACGAACGAAUAAUUCAUCCGUCCAUUUAUUUUCAUCAUGUUACACAUUAAUUAAUAUAUAUAUAUUUUUUGUUGUUCUACGUGGUUGCGUAAACUGCUGAAUAAUUCUUAGGCUACUA